CACGUGCAGCUUUUUGUGAGGACAAAAGUUUUCAACUCAGCUGGGGCUGCGCAGCGGCCAGGCAGCCCAGCUUUGGGAAGGCUCUCUGUGUGCCGGGGCCCACAGGCAGCCGGCAUGAGCCCUCCCUGCCACCAAGAUGCCCAAGAGGAAGGCCAGCCCGCCAAAGGUGGUGAAGGAAGAGCCCAGGAGGAGAUUUGCGCGGUUGUCAGCUAAACCUGCUCCUGCAAAAGUGGAAAUGAAUCCCCAAAAGGCAGCAGCAAAAGAUAAAUCUUCAGACAAAAAAUUGCAACCAAAAGGGAAAAGGAGAGCAAACGGAAGACAGGCCGAAGUGGCUAACCAGGAAACUAAAGAAGAUUUACCUGCAGAAAAUGGAGAAACUAAAACUGAGGAGAGUCCAGCCUCUGAUGAAGCAGGAGAGAGAAGCCAAGUCUGAUUAACAUCACAUACCAUGUCUUAUCAGUGGUCCCUGUCGCCCUUCUUAUACAAUCCAGAGGAAUAUUUGUACCAACUAUUUUGUAAAUGCAAG